AUGUCGCUGUCGUUCUUAAGUAAAUCUGCUGUUCGGUUCGAAUUCACGAACAUUGGGUUUCGAUGGAAAGAACGCAUCGUGCGUGAAGCCAGGAAAGCAAGGAGAGUUAAGAUACUUCACAGAUUGUCAUCCUCUUAUCUUCAAAGAUAGUCCUAUUUGUACGUAUCAUAUCACAGGGAUUUUGUACAACGUAUCAUAUCACAUGAACUAUAGUGAUAGAAAGUACCUAGUCCUCCUAGUAGUAUUUGAGGGAAAAUAAUAGAUAUUUAUAGAGUUCAUCAUCCUGUGACGAAGCAAAGAUUAUUUCUGCAUCUCGAGGGAUCUAAUCAACCCCAGAUCCACGCAGCAAGAGAUCGGGUAGAGCAGUGCUAUGCAACUGCUAGGGAGCAAAUGUUACAGAAAGGACGUGGUAGGACGGAUAAAGAUACAGAAACCGGUCAACAGCGACCGUCUGCGCGCAAGCUUGAGGAGGAGAAGCUACGAGAAACAGCUGGUCGAUAUAUUAAGGCUCCCCCUAUUAAUCCAUCUUCGGAUUCGGAAGCAUCAAUCUUGAAAGAAGAAGCUGGUCCAUAAGGAGAAAGGAGCAUCAAGAUGAGUCUCGUGAUGGAUUAGGGUCGUGAGCUCUAAAUAUAUUGCAGGGCGGUCGGCUUUCGGCUUAGACGAUUUCCCUAUCUCCGCAAGAGGAGCAUUAGACAGAGAAAAAGUAGCAGCAGCUAUGGUUAAGGGUUGGAAGUUGACCCCCCUCUGAGCAUGUCUAUGAGCUUUCCAAGUAGGAAAGGCAUAGAUAUGCGUGGUAGAUCGGUCAACUUACGCCCCCUAAUAUGGAUGGGAGCGGAAUAGGAACGACUCGAGCCCACGACGCAAUGGAUACCUUAUUAUGGUCAACAUUUAGUGUCCAUCAUUCUCGGCAUCUUGGUCCCCUUUUGUUCCCCUGUAUUCUUCUCAUGAAUAUUGCAAGGUAAAAGAGACCCCAAGAAAAGGGGGACCGAGAUGCAUUCUAGCACACGCUAACCUUAUCUGAUUCGGACUUCAAAAAGUUUGCGAAGAUUGAUGCGGAGCUGCUCUCUUUGCAGAUGGACCACACCCAACUGCGAUGGCACCUCAACAGAGCGUUUUUGCCGCCGAAUAUACUUACGGCUUAUAAUAAGGGAUUUGGAGAAUGUAAGUAUUUUGUAUCAACUACGAGUUGGUUAUGAAACGAAAAUCUGUUAUCAUUAUCAAGUUUCUUAAGUAGAAAAGUACGAUAAUGAUAAGAGACUUUGGCUUCAUAUUGGUUCCUUACUUCAAUGAUCAUACUUCUUACACAUAUUCUAGCACAACUUCCACUUUGAUUUUGAUAUUCACAGCAAGAACAGAGUUCGUAGCGGCUGCGCUUCUGAGUGGUACAACUCGGCUCUCUAAUGUACGAAAGCACUAUGCGAUGGGCGGCUCGGAAGCAGAGGGAGACUGAUUAGAGGAAUUAUGAAGCAAAAUACACAUUGCUUGCUGUCGAAACUAAAGCUUGUUUGAUUGAUCAUGGUGCUAAUGCCUAGAGUAUGAUGAUAACAAAGAACCGGAUAAGAAAGGACCUGAAAUAAACUUGAACCUUGAUCAUGUUCAACCACGAU